AAACGGAAGGCUAAUUGUGUUGCAGUUUGUUUCUUCAAUGAUCCUACUUAUUAUUGGGAACAGCCACAUAGAUUGAAACCGUUGAAUAAUAAGAUUAUUGCGGAGUUUUUGAAGAAUGGGUAUAAGACUACUACUAAUGGUGAUCUGGUUAUCGCUUAUGAAGAAGCCAAGGGAUACUCAAGUCUUCAUGAUUUUAUUACGAAUCGAUUUGAACAGGAGGACAGACUAGAUGAAUUGGAAAUUGAGGAGUUGAAGAAAAAUACCAUUGCUCAAGGUGAAGAUCCCUUUGAAGGGAAAUUGAAGGAACCUCGUAAACAGGUCAAAAAUAAUACACCUGCUUCUUCCCCUAAUGUGCCAUCAACAGUGGUCGUGACGGCAACAGUAGCAACAUCUGUACCUGUUAUUCCUCCAACAGCAGUGGAGAAAAGAAAAUUAAAGACUCCUGAAAAGAAUAGUAAAUCUCAACCAGCAAAGAAGAAAAGCAAGCUGGAUCAUGCUAGAAGGAUUGAGAUAUGUAUGCUAUUUCGAAGAAAGAUUCAAAGAAACUUGGUUCAAAGAGAUAACCCUCCAACAGAUGAAGAAAUCCUAGAGACACAUCAGCUAUUAAGAAAAAUAGAAGAAAACCUAGAUAGUGACCCUGCAUUCUUCGAUCUGAAUUCAUUACGAGAAAGUAAACUGCAUAAAUUACUCAAAGUAAUACUCAAUGAUGAUAAUUUAUCAGAAUUUCAUCAAAAUUGUAAAAAAAUAUUAAUGAGUUGGGCAAAUUUAAUUACAGAUUUGAAAUUGGAAAAAGAAAACAAACCAAAAGAAUGA